CUUUACAAACGCUGCACAAUUUGGCGCCAAAAACGGUCUUUCCCAGUUUCCGUUUCUCUUCCAUGAAUCUCAUAAAAUCAUGUACGAGGAAAACCCAUCUCCACAACCUCGGCACCUUGACUUCGCCAAAACGACACUUUCAACAUGUCGAUGCUUCCAUGAUCAAGACAGGCUUCGAUCCCAACACGUGCCGUUUCAAUUUCCAAGUUCAGACCCAUCUCCAGCGCGGGGAUUUGGGCGCAGCACGCAAACUGUUCGACGAAAUGCCUCACAAGAACGUCAUCUCCACCAACACCAUGAUCAUGGGUUACCUAAAAUCUGGUAACCUUUCCACUGCUAGGAGCUUGUUUGACAGCAUGGUUCAACGCUCGGUUGUUACCUGGACAAUGCUGAUUGGUGGCUAUGCUCAGAACAACCGGUUUCUCGAAGCUUUCAAUCUCUUUGCCGAUAUGUGUAGACACGGAAUGGUUCCGGAUCAUAUCACCUUGGCCACUCUCUUAUCUGGGUUCACUGAAUUUGAAUCUGUAAACGAAGUAGCACAAGUGCAUGGCCAUGUUGUCAAAGUGGGGUAUGAUUCCACCCUCAUGGUUUGCAACUCGUUGCUUGAUUCUUACUGUAAGACGCGUAGCCUCGGUUUGGCUUGUCACCUCUUCAAGCAUAUGGCAGAGAAAGAUAAUGUCACUUUCAAUGCAUUGUUGACUGGGUACUCCAAAGAGGGGUUCAAUCAUGACGCCAUAAACCUAUUUUUCAAGAUGCAGGAUUUGGGGUUUAGGCCCUCGGAAUUUACUUUUGCUGCGGUUUUAACUGCUGGGAUACAGAUGGAUGAUAUAGAGUUUGGGCAACAAGUUCACAGUUUUGUGGUGAAGUGUAAUUUUGUGUGGAAUGUGUUUGUGGCUAAUGCUUUGCUUGAUUUCUACUCGAAGCAUGAUCGGAUUGUUGAGGCAAGGAAGCUUUUUUAUGAGAUGCCAGAGGUGGAUGGUAUCUCUUACAAUGUGCUCAUCACGUGUUGUGCAUGGAAUGGAAGAGUUGAAGAAUCUCUUGAACUUUUCAGGGAGUUACAGUUUACUAGAUUUGACCGGAGGCAAUUCCCAUUUGCUACCUUGUUGAGCAUUGCUGCAAAUUCUUUGAACCUGGAAAUGGGUAGGCAAAUCCAUUCCCAGGCUAUUGUAACAGAUGCCAUUUCGGAAGUUCUAGUUGGGAAUUCUUUGGUUGACAUGUAUGCUAAAUGUGACAAAUUUGGGGAAGCAAAUAGGAUUUUUGCUGAUCUGGCACAUCAAAGUUCAGUUCCAUGGACAGCUUUGAUCUCAGGUUAUGUUCAGAAGGGACUACAUGAAGAUGGCCUAAAGCUAUUCGUUGAGAUGCACAGAGCCAAAAUAGGUGCUGACUCGGCCACUUAUGCCAGCAUCUUAAGAGCCUGUGCAAAUCUAGCUUCACUGACACUAGGAAAACAGUUACACUCACGUAUAAUCAGAUCAGGAUGCCUUUCAAAUGUAUUUUCUGGGAGUGCACUGGUUGACAUGUAUGCAAAAUGUGGAUCCAUAAAAGAAGCACUUCAAAUGUUUCAAGAGAUGCCUGUGAGGAAUUCUGUCUCCUGGAAUGCACUGAUUUCAGCCUAUGCACAAAACGGAGACGGUGGCCAUGCUCUUAGAUCAUUUGAACAAAUGAUUCAUUCAGGUCUGCAACCAAAUUCUGUUAGCUUCCUUAGCAUUCUAUGUGCUUGCAGCCACUGUGGUCUUGUUGAAGAAGGACUACAGUACUUUAACUCCAUGACUCAAGUGUAUAAACUUGAACCCAGAAGAGAACAUUAUGCAUCAAUGGUUGAUAUGUUAUGUCGUAGUGGAAGAUUUGAUGAGGCUGAGAAAUUGAUGGCUCGGAUGCCAUUUGAACCGGAUGAGAUAAUGUGGUCAUCAAUUCUCAACUCAUGUAGGAUCCAUAAGAAUCAAGAGUUGGCAAUUAAAGCAGCAGACCAACUAUUCAAUAUGAAGGGCCUUAGAGAUGCUGCUCCAUAUGUUAGCAUGUCCAAUAUCUAUGCAGCAGCUGGUGAAUGGGACAGUGUGGGAAAGGUGAAGAAGGCCUUGAGAGAACGAGGGAUCAGAAAGGUCCCGGCAUACAGCUGGGUUGAAAUCAAACAGAAGACCCAUGUUUUCUCCGCCAAUGACACGUCUCACCCACAGACGAAAGAGAUAACGAGGAAGCUUGAUGAACUGGAAAAGCAAAUGGAGGAACAAGGGUAUAAACCUGACUCAACUUGUGCCCUUCACAAUGUGGACGAGGAAGUCAAGGUAGAGUCACUAAAAUAUCACAGUGAACGCAUUGCCAUUGCCUUUGCACUAAUUAGCACCCCAAAGGGGUCACCCAUAUUGGUGAUGAAGAAUCUACGAGCUUGUAAUGAUUGUCAUGCCGCUAUCAAGGUAAUCUCCAAGAUUGUAAAUAGGGAAAUCACAGUCAGGGAUUCAAGUAGAUUCCAUCAUUUCACAGAUGGAUCUUGCUCCUGUAAGGACUACUGGUAGGUUGCCUUUUGUUUCCACCAAUAAAAUCAUGAUUUUUUCUAUAUAAAAAAA